GAAACACACUUGCAUUGGACGACCUGGGCGAUAGGUGGAAGAGUAGACAGCGGGACAAAUAAAUGUCGUAUCGAAACAACAGUGGAAUGGUGUCGGGUAACCGGUGUUCUAGUGUAGUAAACCAGUUAUGACCUAACUGUGCCACCUCGUUGCACCCACUGUUUACUUGAUCAUCCGCUGGGCAGAACGACGUCUGACAGCGUUACUCAAAUCUACUACGUCGCCAUCCGAAUGGUAAAAUAAACAAGACAAAGCUUGAAGAGAGAUGUGUCGAAGUUUAUAAGGGGUGGCAUGAGGUUUCCAGGUUUCCAGACACGAGUUCCAGACUCGAAGUUCCAUCAUCUCUGGGAUCGAAACCCUGGACCAAGGAUUGCCAGCCACAAUCUAAACCCAGUCUGGGAGCUCUGGUGCCAGGGGUACAUCACAACGUCAAGGGCCCUGAGGGCUGCCUCAGCUGUAGUUCUUGGGCAGCUAUUCGUCGGAUCCGGUGCGACGUGGGUCGGUCUCUGGAGGUGGCGUGAAGAUAUUAUUACGGGGCUAUCAGCAAGGCAUGAAGGCAAGGCUUCCAAUCAGGCAUAUGGUAUAAAGUCAUAGGAGCGAGACUUCAUUCCUCGAGGAUUUUGACUAUAUGUAACACAGGUAGACGAGAUAGGGAGGUAAAAAAAUAAGUUCUUCCAUGAUACACGAUUCUCGCUCUUUAUAGGUUUGGAGCAUGUGGAGCAUGUUAGGGAAAUAGUCGUCCACGACACAUGUCUUAGCUGCUCGCAAAUGAAUUAUCAUUUCGAGCUUCUCAUAAGAGCCACACGCUAGAAAGAUGAGCCGGGAGUAAUUGACGCUUUACAACGAAUGCAGAUGGACUAGCUGUCAGACCUUAUAACUACCAAAAAUACCUCAUUCUACAACGUGUGGGUCCCUCGUCUUUUGACGGUCAAUUUGG